CCGGACCACAGCAUGGCAUGGUCCGCCGUCCCCGAAUUGACAACGCCCCCAGGACGACACCGUGCCAUGGUCCGACGUCUUGGAGACACCAGACCAUGCCGUGGCAUGGUCCGUGUCCAGAAGGCGUCGGCGAAGACAUGGUAUGGUCCGCCGACCCGAAACGGCGUGCACAUGCGAUGGUUCUUGCCGGCUCCUCUGGGACGCCGGGCCACAGCAUUGCGUGGUUCCAUUCCAGAGGAGGAGGAAGAGGAGGAGGAGGAGGAGGAGGAGGAGGAGGAGGAAGAGGACGAGGACGAGGAUGAGGAGGAAAAGGGCGAGGCUGGCGAGGAAGAGGAGGAGGAGUGCCAAAAGAGGAGGAAGAGGAGGAGGAGGAGUGCGAAGAGUGCGAAGAGGAGGAGGAGUGCGAAGAGGAGGAGGGAAGAGGAGGAGGAGAAGGAGGAGGAGGAAGAGGAGGAGAGGGAGGAGGACGAGGAGGAAGAGGAGGAGGAGGAGGACAAGGAGGAAAAGGGCAAGGCCGGCGAGGAAGAGGAGGAGGAGGAGUGCGAAGAGAAGAAAGUGCGUUUGGAGUUUGUCUUGUGGCUUUCGUGGUCCGUAGUUGUUGUCAAUUCUAACCUGAAACGCCGGAAGAUUGGUCGGACAGAGGAGGAGGAGGAGGAGGAGGAGGAGGAGGAGGAGGGGAACGAAGAGGAGGAGGAGGAGGAUGAGAAGGAGGAAGAGGAGGAGGAGGAAAAGGCCGAAGCCAGCAAGGAAACCGAUGAGGAAGAGGAGGAUGAGGAGGAGAAAGAGGCCAAAGCCGACGAGGAAGCGGACGAGGAAGAGGAGGAGGAGGAGGAGGAAAAGGAGGAGGAGGAGGAGGAGGAAGAGGCCGAAGCCAGCGAGGAAGAGGAGGAUGACGAGGAGGAGGAUUAGGAGGAAAAGGUUGAAGCCGGCGAGGGAGAUGGUGAGGAGGAGUGCGAAGAGUGAUGAGGUGGCGGUAAAAAGGCGGCAGUUUUUUUUUUUUUUUCUUUUUUUUUUUUUGCCUUUUCGAACUGGCCCUCCCUGACGCGGCGGUUGUUUUGAAAUCAAGAUCAGAUCGGCUC